CGUAAACAGCUCACUUGGUGGGAGACGCUCAAGAGAGCAAGAUGUUCUCGUGUUGCUUCCCCACUUCGAGAGUUUGCUGCUUCAGGAACGGAGGGAGUGAGAGCCUUUUCCGACGAUGCCGAAGAAGGCUCAUCCCUCACCCCAGACGCCUGUCGCCCGUUGUAAUAAGGCGCAUCCAGGUACCACAGGACAGCCUGGGGCAGGCCCUAGCAGGCCAGGCCACACCAGAGAUCCCACUGGGGCUGCAGCUGCACACUGUCCUCGUCCAGGAGAUUCGGGAGCUCAUUGAGGCACAGACAUGUGCUCCUGGUCCAUGUGCAGAAGUAAGAGCACUGCCAGCACAAGCGGCGGAGCCAGAGCCAGCAUGGGAAGAGGCCCCUCCAGAGAGAGUGCUGGAGCUGGAGGGAGCUCCAGCCAAGGACCAGACCAACGAGGAGCUGCCUGAAAUCACGGCACGUACUGUAGCCACUAGCCCUAACCCUGGAGCUGAAAGCGUGGCUGGAGAGAGAAGUGGGAGGGAGGGGGUGACCAGCACAGCCCCAGCCAGCAGCUCCCAUGCUGCCCCUAGUCCUGGGCACGGUGGCAAACAUGCAGGCAGAGAGCAGGGCAUUUGGCCUGGCCUCCUGUACCUCGCUGGAGAGAGGCUUCUCUCAUUCACUAGAACCACAGCCCUGCUGCUGCAGGUCCGUUUAUUCUCCUGAUCCUGGUUUGUCUCUGUGCAGGAGGUGCCGGAGAGCAUUAAAAGAAGGCUGGGAAGAAGAGUUCCAGCAGCUACUCCGGCUCCCAGAGGCAACCUCCUCCUCCAGGCAUGGAUGCGGGUCCACAGCUGGGCAUCCAGGCUGUUUGCCCCUAAUGUGCUGCCCGGGACAGGCCCUUAACAGGCGGGCAGAGGGUGAGGGGACCAGGAGGUGGCUCCAAAGGGUACAGCAAACAAAGCUUUUAAAGACAGCCGUUGUGCCCCAGGCUCUCCAUGCCGCCACCUGCCCUACCAUUUAUUAAUAGUGUUAGAAUUACAAGUUGAUGAAAUGAGAUUACAAUAAAGUUUGAUUUCUGAAACUUCA